AUGCCCGUGUGUCCAAAUGUUCCACCGAGAAAAGAGUGCUCCUCAACUGAUCGCAAGCAAUAUGCUCUCGUGAAUUUUGCUCGUGGAGAAUUUCUGCCGCAUAUAGAUUGGCUGUUGGCCCAGAGUUGUGAGGCAAUUAAGAAGGCUUUUAGCGAGCAACUAAGCUGA